UUUAAAUUCAAUGGUAAACAUUGCUUUUUAAUAUAAUUAGUUUUAUGACAAAGAUUUAAUAAUUCUAGGUAUAAUCGUUAUAAUGGAAGAUUUUGAUGUGUUUACUGAUGAAAUAGAAUUUACAGAAACAUUCUACAAAAAUGUACUUAAUAAAUAUGUGAAAAAUAUACCGUCAACACCAAGCGGGCCGAAUUACCAAAGCAGCAGGAAGUUAUAUGCUGAGGAAUAUUUAGCUGAGAAUAAAGAGGCGGAUUGUGCAUUCUAUCUUAGUGAAGCCGUGUCUGCGUCUGUAAGGACAUUGGCCGUGUAUAGAGAAGAACAAAUAAAGGCAUCAGAAAAUAAGACACACAAAAUCGCAUGUUAUAUAAAGCCAAAAGAUGAAAUGAUUAUUGCCAAACCCAAGUUAAAAAGUGAGAAAGGAAUUCUUGAUUUUCUAUCAAAAGAAGACAAACAAACCACAGAAGUCUUGGAUAAGUUUAGAAUAAGUGAUGAAGUACCCUUUUACAAACAGUACAUGAGAUUUGGACCACACAAUAAUACUGAAAAUUUAUUAAAAAUACUCAAAGAACUUCCUAAAGAAUGGACAAUAAUACAAUUAACAGCAGCAUACAACCCAAAUGAAAAUUUAAAGCCGCAGAAGGAAUUUAAAACUGAAAUAAGUUCAUUUUAUAUGACAAUGCUCAAAAAUGACUACAUUGAUGUGAAUAAUGUUGGACCUCUGACUGUUAAUGUACCAGCUUAUGUACACAAAGAAGGAGAAAAGCCGUUAUUUACAGAGUUAUAUUCUCUGCUAGAAGACAACUAUAACACAAUUGGCAAGGCUCAGUUCAUCAACAAGAAGCGCUUGGUGCAGAACUACUGGAGCAAACGGGAAGACAUUGAUUUGAGAAUGAAGGGCGUGAUAAACGUGAUGGAGCGAGACUGGCUGGGAGGCUGGAGCUCCCUGCUCACUGGCAGGCUGCGGGACACUCAGCUGCGGGACAGACUGGUCAAGUUUGUCGACAAUGCUAUAGCUGAUUGGGGGUUCCUAAAAUUAACGACCAAACAAAAAACCCUGCUGUACAAUUUAAUAGACAGUUGUCAUUCUCUACCGUCCAAUCAUAUAAAAUCAUGUAUAAGAAGAAUUCUGACAGAACAUGGCAACACUGAAGAUAUAAGGAGAGUUAUAAACAAAUUAAUUUGCAAAAGUUGCAGUAAACAAUUUAAAUUUCCAAACGAGUUAUGUUUGAAAUGUCUAUCUAAAUGUUUCGAGGAGAUCCACCAUGUCAGCUUGGUGUCAGGAAUCAAGGCAUUCUCUCAAGUGGCAACGCAGGUGAAGGAGAGUGAGGAGUGGGCAACACUGAACACGGCUAAGAGAUGGCCGGUUAUUUUGAUUGUGGAUGAGCUGCUGGACACGUUUCCAUGGGAGAUGUUGAGUGCGGUGAGGACGCAGGCGGUGUGUCGUAUGGAGAAUAUUCACUUCACCUACUACUUGUACAAAGUACAUGAGAAAAACUUUGUUGACGGACAUCUGGUGAACAAGGCUGAAGUCGGCAGAUAUAUCAUUAAUCCAGAGAAGAACCUGGAGCGCAUGGAGAAGCGCAUGACAUCGUUCCUGCAGUACUGGUGCGCGGAGUGGCGCGGACACGUCGGCCUCGCCCCCUCCCCGCAACACUACCUCCAGUACCUCACCGAGGCCGACUUCUUCUUAUACUGCGGUCACGGUGACGGGUGUCAGCUGGCGGGGGGCGGGGCCGGCGUGGAGAGCGCGCACCCGCACGGCGCAGCGCUGCUCUCCGGCUGCGGCUCCGUGCGCCUCGCACCCGCACCAGCACGCGCACCUCCCGCCGCCGCUCACCACCAUCUGCACAUCGCCGCGUGCCCGCUGGUGGUGGGCAUGCUGUGGGAGGUGACGGACCUGGAGGUGGACAAGGCGGUGAGCGCGUUGCUGGCGCUGUGCGUGCCGCCACGUCCCCCGCCACCAGCACCCUGGCACGCCGUACCCAAGGACAACUGGAGCCAGGGCAUCCUGGAGGCGAAGGUGGAGAGCAGUGGUGAAGGUGGAGGUGGAGGUGGAGGUGGUGACGCGGUGUGGGAGCGCGAGGCGGAGGUGCUGGGGGCGGUGAGGGGCGCGCGCUCCCACACCGCCUUCACCAUGAUAGCCUGCAGCAUCGUCGCACGAGGACUGCCUGUACUCGUUCACCAGCACAACACUGCAUGAGGAUGCUGACAACAAGAGGAUUACAAUCUGUGAUGAAAUAUAGAUUUAAUUAUAUGAUGAUAAUGUAAGAACUUCAAACAUUUCUUUUAUUUCUGCUAUAACU